AUGUGGGAGAGGCAGACCACAUCGACAAUGUAUUCGCAUUGGACUUUUACAGGGAUUAUUGCGAUAGUUUGGCUCUGUGCCAGCUGCAGCGCCAAGCGCCAGUGGGAUUACGAGCCAUUGUCCAUAAAUGGCCGCACAUCGGAUGCAUCAAAACUGACCAUUGAGACCGAAAUUGCACGCGAACGACGCGAAAAAUACAUAACAGCCACAUUUGGAAUUAAGUACCAAUUCGACGAGACCACAAUGAUAGAGGCCAUAGCCUAUCGCAGCCAAACGGGCAGCAGCAAUGACUAUCAACUGAUGCCCUGGUCCAUACCAAAGCAACCAUUUCAGGAUUAUAUCAAGGACUAUUACAAGGAUGUGAUCUAUGGCAAUUUUGGCGCCUGCUCGAAUCUGCCAAAGCCCGGCACUGAGACACCCUUUCCCAAAAUGACACUCAAGCUGGUCAAAUGUGUGCUCACGGGCGAGGGCAUGCCCGAAGUCGCGCCCGAGGGCUACUACAAGAUAUUAUUCAGCGUUACCGGCGAAGUCGAGUGGGGCUUUGAGCUUGUGGUUAAGGUCAUCUCAAAGAGUAAUAUGAUGGGUUAAUUAUUUAUGUAAUAUGUUUACAA